AUGCUCUUCUGCUCCGAUGAUAUCCUUCAAGCGGUUUCACAGCCGACAGCUCAAACACGUCUUCAGUGCAACCCAACAAGACUAUCUCGAGGAUUGCGUCAGUUAGAAGAUGUCAAUAGAACCAAACGGUGGCAGAUUGAGGCGGCACAGUCGUCAGCAACUGGUGACCUCGGCCUACGAAUCCGCCUGUUGUAUACAUUUACAUGA